AUGCUUUUUCAUUUACUUCUCAUGUCUGUUACCCCUCUCUUCUUUUCAUUUUACUUCUCAUGUCUGUUACCCCUCUCUAAAGCUUUUCAACUUCUCAGCUUUUCAUUUUUCAUUUACUUCUCAUGUCUCUUUUAUUUACUUCUCAUGUCUGUUACCCCCUCUCUAAAACUUUUCAUUUACUUCUCAUGUCUGUUACCCCUCUCUAAAGCUUUUUUAUUUACUUCUCAUCUGUUACCCCUUCUUUUCACUUCUCUGUUACCCCUCUCUAAAGCUUUUCAUUUACUUCUCAUGUCUGUUACCCUCCUAAAGCUUUUCAUUUACUUCUCAUGUCUGUUACCCCUCUCUACUUUCAUUUCUUCUUUCAUUUCAUUUACUUCUCAUCUUUUCAUUUACUUCUCAUGUCUGUUACCCCUCUCUAAAGCUUUCAUUUACUUCUCACGUCUGUUAAAAGCUUUUCAUUUACCCCUUCUCAUUUCUGUUAUGUACCCCUCUCUAAAGCUUUUCAUUUACUUCUUACUUCUCAUCUUUUCAUUUUACUUCUCAUGUCUGUUACCCCUCUUACUUCUCAUGUCUGUUACCCCUCUCUCCUUUUCCUUGUCUGUUAAAGCUUUCAUUUUACUUCUUUCUGUUUCCCUCUCUAAAAGCUUUUCAUUUACUUCUCUCAUGUCUCAUUUACUUCUCAUGUCUGUUACCCCUCUCUCUAAAUGUCUGUUACCCCUCUCAAAGCUUUUCAUUUUGAAAACUUCUUUUCCCCUCUCCUAA